AUGAAGAGCCUAACCGUUUUGCUUGCUGAUAUUGCGAUCGUGAAUCGUCGAAACAACGACUGGAAUAAUGUCCUUUGUAUCGGUCAUUUGCCUGAUCGUUUCUAUAAUAAGAUCCAAAGGAUGAAAUUCACACACGCAGUGACAAACGUGGAUUACAAUGAUCACGAAACAGAAGAAGACGCCCCGAGUUAUUCGAAUACAAUCGUCAUAGAUUGUCAUAACAUGACCCAUUUUGAAAUGUCAGUUAAGAAAAUUCUGAAGAACCCGUACUGGCAUCCUCACGCUAACAUUAUAGUUUAUUAUCGCGAAAAAGAUAAUAUGUUGGACGUUGCGAAAAUAUUCUUUAUUCUCUGGUUUUACAAAGCCUGCAAUAUAGUUAUCGCACAAUUUGAUCGCGAUGAUAACUCAUUCUUUGUCCACAAUUUCAGUCCGUUCAUAAGCGAAAAAUACACACUACAAAGACACUUCGGUUGUUGGAAAGUAAAGUAUUUAGGUUCGCCGGUUCGAAGUUUUAAAACGUCAUUCGAAUGUGAGGAAACUUGCGACAAUGUUACUCUACAUUCCGCGUAUCGAGCAAACAAUUUAGGUACAUGCUUGGGAAUCGAUACUCUAAAGUUAUCGUUCUUUGAGCGGCAACACAUCAAACAGGUUAAUUUGUUUGAAGACAAAGGCUCAAAUUUGCACGGCUACACACUCAGAACCUAUACAGUUGAAGUACCACCCUUUAUGAUGAUCGAUGAACACGAAAACGGCACUUUUACAAUUGGUGGUCGAGAUGGAAGCAUCUGGAACUUGCUAUCCAAACUUAUGAACUUUUCCAUUGAUCUGUCUCCUAGUGUCGAUGACAUGAAAAAACCGUUUAAUUUCGAGUUAACUAUUCAACAAGUAUUCUCUUACACUCUUCGGAAAGGUGAUUUGUAUCUGAUUCCUAUUUAUCAGUUCGAUAUACCUGUAAUACAAGUUGAUAAUACGUUUCCUGUAAAAGAUAGCGGUGUUUGCUUCGCCGCACACCGAGCUAAAUUUUCGAAGAUUACUUAUGAUAUAAACCUUUUCUUUGAAAACUACGUUUUUCUGUUGCAAUUUUUCUUUUGCUUCUUGAGCGUUUGGUUUACUUUUGUUUUGUUUAGUGCCAUAGAAAGAAGAGAAUUGCGUUUCGACCAAAUAGGAAAGGAUUAUUUGAAUUGCCUGAGGAAUAUUCUUUUGAUAAGUCUAUACAAGCCACCGCAGCUCUGGUCCUUUCGCGUUUUCCUAACGAUAUCUAUUUGGAGCUUCUUUAUAUUGAGUUUUGCUUCUCAGGCCGCUAUUAUUUCGUUCUUCACGGCACUUAAAAGAGGUAAAGAGGUCAAUACUUUCGAGGACAUAAUUGAAAAAGGUUAUCCGAUUGAGGGCAUGGCUUCUCCAGACGUUGUUCUUCCAGAUACAGAAGAAAAGUUUCAAAAAAUUAAUUCAAAAAUUGUUCCUAUUCUCGAUAUAUAUGGCUGUAUUCAACGCAUGAAUAACGAAACCCAUCUUUUUUGUCUGAUCGACUGCGCAAUAGGGCGUUAUUUGGAAAGAAAUCUAUUAAAUGAAUACGGAGAGCAGUAUCUACACAUACCAAAGGAUAGAAUUCAUAGUUAUUAUUUAAAUAUCAUAUUCCCGAAACAUUCCGUGCUGACUGAACGAUAUAAUAAGUACAUGAUGAUAUUUAUUGAAGCGGGUCUCGUCCACAAGUGGGAACAAUAUAAAUUCAAUCAAAUAAAAACGGAAGGGAUUGUUAAACCUCUUAACAUGCAAGAUUUUAAAGAGUAUAAGGAUCAGAAACGUAUACACAGUGACCCUUUAUCUUCUUCACUAGACAAAAUUAUUAAGAAAACUCUAUAG